CGUACUGAUUUUUAUUAUGGUUUAUUGUUCUUGAAUAUAUCUUAUAAAGUGGAGUCACUGUUAAAAGAGUACCAGAGAUAGUUACAUUUGUGCUCCAAAACAGCAACAAGUAGGCAAAUUCACAUACUCACACACACAUCACUCACACACUUUCCCUGGUUGCUGAAACAAGCUGCACAACACAGGAUGAGGAAGUGAAGCAACAGUGACCUCACCCCUUUAUUGCCUUGCAAAUAUCUCUCUGCUGAAAGCCCUUUGGCCAGACACACAGCUCCACACCGGCCUGCCGCUCUGACAACUCAUGGCUGACACACGCUCUCAGCCCCCGGCCUCUGGCUCGGCUGCUAAGAUGGACCAGGUUCAGAGUCAGGUGAACGAGGUUAAAGUUAUUCUGACAGAUAACAUCAGCAAAGUGCUGGAGAGAGGGGACAGAAUAGAUGAUCUGAUCGGCAAGACUGAUGAUCUGCAGGCGUCUGCUGACACAUUCCAAAGAACAUCCACACGGGUUGCCCGGAAAUACUGGUGGAAAAACAUUAAAAUGAUGGUUAUAAUCGGGGUGAUUGUGCUGAUCAUCGUUGUCCUCAUCAUCCUCUUUGCCACACAUGUUAUAUAAAUCACAAUAUUCUCCUUCACCAGCUCAGGACUGAAAGCAAUGACAAUUGAGGAUAAAGCUCACCUCUUUUGAGCAUUUCAGCAUUUAAAUGCACUCUUGAAAGUCUAUUUUCAUUUCAGCAGAUAUUUCAAGAAAUAUGUACAUUUUAAGGGUACAUGUUUUUGUAGCAUCUGCAGGCUUUUUGAUUAAGACUCUCCGUAAAAUAAGAAGUUUAAAUUGCUAGAAACUUGACUGAAAUACUUCCUUGAACACUCCAACAUUCAUUAAAAUGUGACGUAAUGUUAAUAUUUCACAAAGGAUUAAACAAAUCCAGAUGAGUGUUAUUAUUUUUAUUGUUAUCGCAUAUCUUUAUGUCCAAUUACCUGUAUAUAUAAUGUGUGUUUAUGACUGUCAAACUCUAUAAUAACAUAUGUAUUAUAUGACUGAUGAUUAUGAUGAAGAGGAUACAUUUGAACAUUUGCUACCACAAUACUGUAUAUAAAUAAUGUGUUCUGCUCCAAACAAUCAAGCAUUUUGAUUAUGUAAUAAAUGACUGAGGCAAAUUCA